AUGUCUGCAGAAAAGGAUGAAAGCAGCUCCCGUCCGGGUAGCGUCCGGGCCCAGAGCACGCGGGAACACAGCAUACACUCAUCCCAUGAUGAUUCGGACUCCUCUGAGCAUGCUGCGGACGGUGAGGGACUGGAGCGGUACUCGACACAUCAGUCCAUGGGACCAGAUGUCCCUGUAGACCAAGCUUCUACUGUGUUCGAGAUCCCAGACGAGGUGUACGAUAGACUUCCGGCGCAUCGGAAAAGGAUCAUUGUCCUCCUGCUCUCCUUUUGCUCUUUCUUGGCUCCAAUCUCGAGUACCUCUGUCUUGGCCGCGAGUCCCGAGGUUGCGAAAGAGUUUCAUACCACUGGAUCCAUUAUUAAUGUGUCUAAUGCAAUGUAUAUGUUGUUCAUGGGACUCUCGCCCAUGUUUUGGGGACCCUUGAGUCAAGUCUAUGGCCGAAGAUGGGUGACCACUGUGACAGCAAUUGCCUUCCUUGCUUGUUCGAUUGGCACGGCUCUCGCCCCGAAUCUGGCAGCUUUCUUUGUCUUCCGUAUCCUUACCGCGUUUGAAGGAACGUCGUUUAUUCUUGUCGGCUCGUCGGUUAUAGGUGAUAUAUACAGACCUACUGAGCGUGCCACAGCCCUCGGAUGGUUCUUGUCAGGUACAUUGAUUGGUCCUGCUUUCGGACCCUUUUUAGGUGGCAUCAUUGUCACUUACACGACAUGGCGGGUGAUCUUUUGGCUACAGACAGGCCUUGCCGCUGUAGCUGCAGUUGGAACUUUCUUUCUCCUCCCCGAGACCAUCUAUCACAAAAAGAUUGAUGACCUGGUCGGCUUCUCCGGAAGUGAAAAGGUCAAGACACUGGCUACAAUGGUCAACCCGUGGCGUGUCAUCCGGUUAUACGAAUACCCAAAUCUGUUUUUGGCAGCCCUUGCCAGCUCGGCCCUCUUGUGGAACAUGUAUAGCAUCCUGGCCGCGAUUCGUUAUGUGCUCAACCCUCGAUUCAACUUGACAACACCACUUCAAGGCGGCCUCUUUUAUCUGGCGCCAGGUGUGGGCUACCUACUUGGCACAUUCUUCGGCGGGCGCUACGCCGACUACAUGGUGCGGCGAUAUAUCAAGAAGCGUGGAAUGCGGGUUCCAGAGGACCGUCUGUACUCGGCCCUGCCGUUCAUGGCCUUUAUCGCAGCUUGCAUGUUGGUAUACGGGUGGACGAUCCAGUACGACCGGGGCGGCAUCCCGCUCGCCGUGGUCAUCCUGUUUCUUCAGGGAUUUGCGCAGCUAUUCUGCUUCCCCAGUCUCAAUACGUACUGUCUGGACGUCAUGCCCAAGAGCUCUGGCGAGGUCGUCGCCGGCAACUACGUGCUGCGCUACCUGUUUGCCUGCGCAUCCACUGGCGCCGUCCUGCCCGCCAUCAACGCCAUGGGCGUCGGCUGGUUUAGCACCAUUAGCAGUGUCUUUGUGAUUGUCGGCUGCCUGUGCAUAUUCUCUACAAUCACCUGGGGCCGUCAAUGGAGGGAAUCCUUGGAUGGUAAGAAGAGGGCCGCGAGGCUGAGGCAGAGAGAAGCAGCCCGCCGUCAGCUGGCCGAAGUCGAUGCCUCCGGUCGGAGCGAUGAAGCUCAGGCAACAAGAGCGGCGCCGGAGAUGAGAGAAAAGAAAGAAGAAGUUUAA